AGCGCUUCUAUAAAACUAACCAGAGAACACAAGUUGGAGAUUUUUGGAAGAGCUGAAGAAAGUGAAAAUGCCGAAGCGAACCACGCAUACGUACUCGAGCGAGGACGCUUUGCCGGACGGCCCCGACUCCGAUCUCUUCGUCUAUUACUGCAAGUUUUGCAGCUCUCAUGUCCUCAUCACCGAUACACAAUUGCAGAAGAUGCCGAAAAGGAAGACGGACAAAGCAUAUGUAUUGGACAGGAAGAAGCAUUUGGCUAGGCUAAACACAAGUGAAGCAGGAAAGGUCCUAUUGAAGCGGGGUGAAGGUAAAUUGGAGAAGCAGUUUCGGAUGAAUUGUUUGGGUUGUGAGCUGUUUGUUUGUUACCGAGCAGAAGAGGAAAUGGAAUCGGCUUCUUUUAUAUAUGUAGUUGAUGGUGCUCUUAGUACAAUUGCUGCUGAAACAAAUCCCCAGGAUGCUCCUGUUCCCCCUUGCAUAUCACAAUUAGAAGGAGGCCUUGUCCAAGUCGCCAUAGAAGUGGAAGACCGUUCACAACGCUCGGCAAUUACAAGGGUAAAUGCUGAUGAUGUCCGUGUUACUGUAGCUGCUCCUGCUGCCCGUGGAGAAGCAAACAAUGAGCUUUUAGAAUUUAUGGGGAAGGUAUUGGGUUUGAAGUUGAGCCAGAUGACUCUUCAGAGAGGGUGGAACAACAAAUCAAAGCUCCUGGUGGUCGAGGAUUUGAGCGCCAGGCAGGUAUACGAGAAACUUCUUGAAGCCGCACAACCUUGACAUGCGCGGGAGUAUUCUAAAUUCCAUAACUUAAUAUCAGGGCUUGUUAUAAAACGCACGUGUGAUUCACCAAUCUUAUUUUGAUCAAGUAUUCAUUAAAUUUGUGUUCUAGCCCUUGAUACUUAGAUUGGAUGUUUCAAUCUUCAUAUGGUGGAUGAUCAAAGUUUGAACAAUGUUGUAGCACAAAUUGUUAUUUUUACCGAGUACCGAAUCGAAUGAUUCGUUCCCCGGGUCGAUCUCGCAAGGAAGGCAGUUCGGAAUCUAGAUUC